GCGGAAGUAAUGGGGAGUGUGCGAAGCCACCGUUACAGCAUUGUGUCCUCGGAGGAAGACGGCAUGAAGCUGGCCAAUAUUGCCGUCCCGAAUGGCUACGGAAACGGCAAUGUGAACAAGGUGCACACAGAGCAGCAACAUCAGAGCCGCUUCGUCAGGAAGGAUGGCCACUGCAAUGUGCAGUUUAUCAAUAUGAGCGAGAAAGGCCAGCGGUACUUGGCAGAUAUCUUCACCACCUGUGUGGACAUCCGCUGGCGCUGGAUGUUGCUCGUAUUCUGUCUUUCUUUCCUGCUGUCAUGGUUGUUUUUUGGCUUAGUCUUUUGGUUAGUGGCCCUCUCAUACGGGGACUUAGAGAACGAGACUCAGAUGUGUGUUUCCAAUGUGGACAGCUUCACUGCUGCCUUCUUGUUCUCAGUGGAGACCCAAACCACUAUUGGCUAUGGUUAUCGCUAUGUGACCGAGGACUGCCCCAUUGCCGUUUUUAUGGUUGUUUUCCAAAGCAUUGUGGGCUGCAUCAUUGAUGCUUUCAUCAUCGGUGCCGUCAUGGCAAAGAUGGCCAAGCCCAAAAAGAGGAAUGAGACCCUGGUGUUCAGCCAUUACGCUACAGUGGCCAUGAGGGACGGUAAACUUUGCCUAAUGUGGCGUGUGGGAAACCUGAGGAAGAGUCACCUGGUGGAGGCCCACGUCAGGGCCCAGCUUCUCAAGUCUCGCACUACUGCUGAGGGCGAGUUCAUACCCCUGGAUCAGGUAGACAUUGAUGUAGGCUUCGAUAGUGGCAUCGACAGAAUCUUCCUGGUGUCUCCAAUCACUAUUGUGCAUGAGAUUGAUGAGGACAGUCCAUUCUAUGAGAUGAGCAAACAGGAUUUGCAGACGUCAGAAUUUGAGAUCGUAGUGAUUCUGGAGGGCAUGGUCGAGGCUACAGCCAUGACCACUCAGUGUCGGAGCUCCUACGUGGCCAGCGAGAUCCUCUGGGGCCACCGCUUCGAGCCGGUGCUCUUUGAGGAAAAGAACUACUACAAAGUGGACUACUCUCGCUUUGACAACACAUACGAGGUGCCCAGCACGCCCGUCUGUAGUGCCAGAGAACUAGCCGAGAAGAAGUCUAACGCCUCCAGCUCAAGGAACUCCUUUUGUUACGAGAACGAGGUGGCUCUCGAAAAAGUGGAGAUGGAGGAGGAGUUUGAGGAAGAGGAAAACAGGGAGAUGAGGGGUGUUGAUGUCGGUGCACUUGAGGACACAAACGAAGGUGUGGUGUCAGACUCUGAAUGCAACCUGGACUCUUUGCCUUUAGAAUCAAGGCCUUUGACAGCAGAAUCAGAAAUAUGACCACAGAAAGAAGGAAGGGUUAAAUACUACCACAGGUGUGCAAAACUGCAAAAACGGAGCACCCUCUACAAAUGAUGUUACAGGAAGAAAUAUUCAGAGGGGAUUCACUGUGCAGUAUACUGCCGCUCCUUGUAGAUCUUCGUGUUCUAAUAUGCAAUACUGGUCAGUGGUAGAACAUGACAAGAAGCUCAGCCCUGAGCCAAGGUGAUGAAUGUUGAUGAUAAGUGCUGCUAAGUGACAUAUUGUAUGUUUAGAGAAAAUCUAGGAGCCAAAAUGUAUUAUUUAUCUAUUAAAGUAUCCAUUUUGAAGAUUGCAGAUGCAGCCUAUUUCUAGACUUAGACAAGCAUGAUUUGUCAGUGUGUUUUCCAAAGCUUUAGUGGACCCCCCCCCACCCACACCCCCCACCCCCAUAACAGCAGAAACUGUUUCAUUACCCAAAGCCAAAUGUGUAAAUAUAUAAGCAACAACCGUGACUUAUCUGUUAGUUGUUGUUGACCUUAAACCUGAAUUUUCCUCAUCUAACAGCAGUGGGUUGUUGAAUCAUUGAGUUAUUUGAUAUUAACAUCAGUGUUCUUGGCAUGGCAGACGUGCAUUAUUUGGACACAUCUCAUAGUUAACCCUAACACCUCACCACUGCGGGUCUCGUGAAGUAAUUUGUCAUUUCUGAAUGGACCCUCGCUUUGAUUAACGUUUUAGUCACAAUCACAAAUCCUAUAUGGAUGUAGCACACUCAACUCCAGUCUUACACAAGAUUGAGCUUUAAUGUUUUGUAACUUCUACUACUGCUGGGUGUUAUGUCACACAUUAAUGCCUGGAUACAAUCAGUGGAAUCCAGAACACUGUACUGCUUCUCUGGUAAGGAAAUCUAUGAAGACAUUUGGUCUGCUCUCACAUUGACUCUCCUGUCUUAGGUCUUUAUUUUUCUACCAAGGUCUUCCCAUCUUCCUGCACAAACCAGAGACUGUACAGAUUUUUUUUUUAAUCUUUUGUAAAAUAUAAGGCAAAUACUGUACAUUGAUAUUGCAGUUGCUGAAAAGUCUUUAUGUCCUUUUUUUCAAUAAAAGUGUAAAAAAUAAUUAUUAUGAAGUUGAUGCAUUCAUUGUAAA